GYACAACAUCGUACGACUGCCAAUCCCCGUCCUCCGCAAAGUUUGCGCACCGCUCCUCGCUGAGCUGCAUACAUACCGUACCGUGCUUCGACAUCCCCCACACGCCGCACUCCGAGCCCAAGUCCCAUCGACGAAAAGCAACACCAGCAACACCACCACCACCACCGAACAGAACAGAACAGAACAGAACAAACCCAUCGCGCAACAAACAUGGCCUCCGACGGACCACCCCAGCCCAUGCCCAUGAACCCCGGCGUCCCCACGGCCUCGCUCUCGAACCCCAUGGCACAGCAGCAGCAGGCGCCGCCGCAGGCCAUGGCCAUGGCCAUGCCCCCUCCCAGCAUGAUGGUCCAGCCGACCCCCAUGGCCAUGAACGUUUCCAUGACCCAGGGCAUGGUCCAGGUCCAGCAGCAGCAACAGCAGCAGCAGCAGCAACAACAACAACCCUCCAUGGCUCCGGUGCCACCCGUUGCCGCGGCCGCCGCCCRCCAGGAGCUCCAAUCGAUGCCCAUCCGGGCCUACCUCGACCAGACGGUGGUUCCGAUCCUGCUGGACGGUGCGUGUUUUGUCCGUUCGCGUUCUCGAUCCCCUCCGACACCCACUCGCACUCGCACUCACCCUCUCACACCCAUUUUGUCGUUCGUCUCGUCUCGUGUCGCCUGGUUUCGUUUUCGCUUUUGUUUUCGUUGGCAGGAAUGGCGGAGCUGGUCAAGGAACGCCCGGCCAACCCGAUCCAAUACCUGGCCUCCUACCUGAUGCGCCACGAUCCGGCCCGUGCGGGAACGGCUCCCGCGGCGGGCAUAAAAAAAUAGGGCACGGUGUGUGCACCGGGCGACACCGGUCUCCGCUCCGCUUCCAAACAAACGAGAGCAAGCCGAUGCACGGACCGGUCCUUGACCUUGGUGGCAAAAGAGAAACAGAAGCAAGGAAGCAUCCGCAAGGAAAGCGGUUGGUUGCUCGAAUCGGUGACCCUUGUGCCUUCCUCGACCGGCGGAUGGGUUGUGUUGGGCAGGCAAGCAAGCAAGCAGACGGAAAGACGGGCAGCGAACCACCUUGGUACCGGCGUGGACGCGACCGGUUUUCUUGCGAAUCCUGCUUGACCAUCUGCGAACGAUUGGAAUGGAAUGGAAUGGAAUGGAAUGGAAAGGAAUGGAAUUCCGUGCCUCUCGCGGGCAAGUGGAAAGGGGAAGCGCAAAACAAACCGAACGGGUCGCGGGCAGUGGUGGUUGCUUGCUUUCUUGCUUGCUGGUCGGUCGGAUUGUUUUUCGGUUGCCACGGGUUUGCAUGUCGAGUCGGUGUGCCGAUGCGUUGGUGGUUCUAGUGUGUGUCUGUGCCUUUGUUUUUGCGUUUGAUGCCGACCAUCGUGGGAGUUGGGAAACACAAAAUAAUGUGCAAUUUGGUGAGGUUGGUCGUCCAACAAGGUAAUUUAAUACAUAAUAUUCUAGGGAACAAUGAAAUUAAAAGGUKGAC